AUAUUUUUCACCCACCACUAUCACCACCCGCUCCACCUUCACCUUCAUCUUCACCUUCACAUAUUCACAUUCACCACCACACUCCUAUUUCUCUCUCUCUUUCUCUCUCUGUGUUGAACCAACACUUCACUGCAACAAAGAAGCCCUAACUUUGGAUCUCCAUUGCUGAACCUCUCUCACACUCUCUUUCAAACCAAGUCACUCUUCUAUUUCAACAUAGUUCAGAUUAUACAUAUAGAUAUUAUCCAAUACCGUUUGUUGAAGCGAGCUGCAUUUGUUUUGUCUGAGAUGGACCGUCGAAGUUGGCCAUGGAAGAAAAAGUCAUCUGACAAGGCUGCUGCUGAAAAAGCGGCUGCUGCAUUGGACACUGCUGUUGCUGCUACCCUCGCUGAUCAGGAUAACUAUAAAAAACCGAACUAUGUUCAAAUUUCUGUGGAGUCAUAUACGCAUCUGACCAGUUUGGAGGAUCAAGUUAAGACAUAUGAGGAACAAGUCCAGACACUGGAGGAUCAGAUUAAGGAAUUGGAUGAAAAGCUGUCAGAAGCCAAUUCAGAGAUGACUACUAAGGACAACCUGGUAAAGCAGCAUGCGAAAGUUGCUGAAGAAGCUGUCUCAGGUUGGGAAAAAGCCGAAGCAGAAGCUCUGUCAUUGAAAAAUCAUCUAGAAACUGUCACACUUGCAAAGCUCACUGCUGAAGAUCGUUCAUCACAUCUUGAUGGUGCUCUUAAAGAGUGCAUGCGGCAGAUACGAAAUCUGAAGGAUGAACAUGAGCAGAAAUUGCAAGACGUUGUUCUUAUUAAAAACAAGCAAUGUGACAAAAUUAAACUUGAGCUUGAAGCAAGAAUAGCUAACCUAGACCAAGAACUCCUCAGGUCUGCUGCUGAUAAUGCCGCUCUUUCAAGAUCUUUGCAGGAACGUUCGAACAUGCUAAUCAAGAUAAAUGAAGAAAAGUCCCAAGCUGAGGCUGAAAUUGAGCUUUUAAAGAGCGAUGUCGAAUCAUGCCAAAAGGAAGUAAAUUCUCUUAAAUAUGAACUCCAUGUAGCUUCCAAAGAGCUGGAAAUUCGUAAUGAAGAAAAGAACAUGAGUAUGAGGUCUGCAGAAGUAGCAAACAAGCAGCAUAUGGAGGGUGUUAAAAAAAUAGCCAAGCUAGAAGCGGAGUGCCAAAGAUUACGUGGUCUUGUGCGGAAGAAGCUGCCCGGUCCUGCUGCACUUGCCCAAAUGAAGCUAGAGGUUGAGAAUUUAGGCCGGGAUUAUGGAGAAAGUCGACUGAGGAGGUCUCCCGUUAAGUCUUCUAGUCCGCUCCUCUCUCCAGUGCCUGAGUUUCCCCUCGAUAAUGCACAGAAGUUCCAUAAAGAGAAUGAGUUUCUCACUGAACGUUUAUUGGCAAUGGAGGAAGAAACAAAGAUGCUCAAAGAAGCUUUGGCAAAGCGUAACAGUGAAUUGCUGGCUUCAAGGAGUUUGUGUGCUAAGACAGCCAGCAAGCUUCAAAUUUUAGAAGCACAAUUUCUAGUCAGCAAUCAGCAGAAAAGUUCACCAAAAUCUAUAAUUCAUAUUACCACUGAAGGUUCUUCAAGUCAAAAUGCAAGUAAUCCACCAAGCUUGACCUCCAUGUCGGAAGAUGGAAAUGAUGAUGAGAGAAGUUGCGCUGAGUCUUGGUCUAUGUCAAUGAUUUCUGAGCUCUCCCAAUGCAAAAAAGAAAAGAACAAUGAGAAAUUAAACAAGGCUGAAAAUGCAAAUCACUUAGAGCUUAUGGAUGACUUUCUAGAGAUGGAGAAGCUGGCUUGUCUAUCAAAUGAUUCUAAUGGAGGCAUCUCCAGUUCGGAAUCUUCAAACAAUAAGGUGCCUAAAAUUCCAAAUCCUGAUUCAUUGGGAGAAGUCACGACUGAGAAAAAUCUCCUGUCUGAACAGCAAUGUGAUUUAAAUCCAUUGGAAAACCACGUAUCUUCUGGCGUGGAAUUGUUAGAACCAAGUCCUGGCUCAGAUGCAGAUCAGCUGCCAUUGAUGAAGCUCCGAUCAAAGAUUUCAAUGGUGUUUGAGUCUAUGCCCAAGGAUGCUGAUAUGGGGAAAAUUUUGGAGGAUAUUAAGCAUGUUCUGUUCGAUGUACAUGUUGUUUCCAAGGAAGUACACUGUUCUGAUGCGACAUUGGACAGGAAGUCUGACCCAGAAGAUUCAGUGGUAACUGCAGAAAAAGACAUUUCUUUGUCCCAGCCAGCUACAGAAACUGUGGAUAUGAUAAGCCAAGAUUUGGCAGCUGCCAUUUCACAGAUUCAUGACUUCAUAUUGUUUUUGGGAAAAGAAGCAAUGGGAGUCCAUGACACAUCACCUGAUGGCUGUGGAUUGAAUCAGAAAAUUGAGGAGUUCUCUGUCACCUUUAAUAGAGUUAUGUACAGCAAUACUAGUUUGGUUGAUUUUGUUCUUGACCUUUCCCAUGUUUUAGCUAAAGCCAGUGAACUCAGAUUCAACGUCCUGGGCUACAAGAAUGCUGAUGCAGAAAUUAAUAGUCCUGAUUGCAUUGACAAAGUUGUUUUACCUGAGAAUAAAGUAGUUCAAAAGGAUUCAUCUGGAGAAAGAUAUCAUGGUGGUUGUGCCCACAUUUCUAAUCCCACUUCUGACCUUGAGGUUCCUGACGAUGGAAAUCUAGUCUCAGGCUUUGAAUCAAAUUCCACAUCAUAUAAGUUCUCAUUGGAGGAGUUUGAAGAACUGAAAUCAGAGAAAGAUAACAUGGCUGUGGAUCUAGCAAGAUCUACUGAGAACCUAGAGAUGACAAGGUCCCAGUUACGGGAAACUGAGCAGCUUCUAGCAGAAGUUAAAUCACAAUUGGCAUCUGCUCAAAGGUCCAACAGCUUGGCUGAGACACAGCUGAAAUGUAUGGCAGAGUCGUACAGAUCACUUGAAGCACGAGCAACAGAGUUAGAAACUGAGCUGAACUUAUUGCAGUCAAAAACAGCAACUUUAGAAAAUGAGCUUCAAGGGGAAAAGAAGAGUCAUCAAGAUGCGCUUGCCAGAUGUCAGGAACUUCAAGAUCAAUUGCAAAGGAAUGAGGACUGCUCUGUUUGUGCUGAAGCAGCAGCUGAUAUUGAACUCAAGGCCAAACAGGACAGGGAGUUAACAGCUGCAGCAGAGAAGCUAGCCGAGUGUCAAGAAACCAUUUUCCUUCUUGGCAAGCAGUUGAAAUCUUUGCAUCCUCCAACAGAGCUAAUGGGAUCUCCUUACAUUGACAGGAGUCACAGGAGUGAAGGUCUGGCUGAGAAUGAACCAACUACUAGUGGCAUGACCUUGCAAAGCUUUGAUCAAGCUGAAUUGGACGGUGCUGCUUCUGCUAAUCUGCAAAAGUUAGGUGCUGAAUCUCCCCUGGACCUUUAUAGUUCCCCGGGAAGCCCAUCUGAUAUCGAAGCAAACCAAUCCCUGAGGUCACCAAUCAGCUCAAAGCAUCCAAAACACAGGCCUACCAAGUCAGGCUCUUCAUCAUCUUCUUCUGCCACCCCAACACCAGAAAAACAUUCACGAGGAUUUAGCAGAUUCUUUUCCUCGAAAGCAAAGAACGGUCAUUAAGCUUGCUGCUCGCAGGCAAAAAUAAUGGUUGUUGGUUGAAGUGGCCAUUUAGAAAUAAUAUUUAGAAGUACCAAAGAUGGAGAGCUCUUGUCAUUUCAUCUUAGAAUCAUAUUUUGGGAGGUUUUGUGAAGCUCUUUCUGAGAGGUAUGCUUUCCAAAACAUCAGGUAAUUUUUGUAACUAAUGGCUGUACAUGAUAUCCAUAUAUGUGAAUUUGUUUUCUUCUAUUCUACUUUACCUUCUGUAAUUUGGUCAAUUGAACCAUGACAUUUGCUGAACUGUUACAAAAUAUUUUGCUUA